UUGUUAUCGUGUUGGAACCAUGUAUACUAUUUUUGCUGCCAGUUUUUAGGAUAUGAAGAAAAUAUAUUUCGAAGCUAUCGACUAAAAUAUCUACCUCAACAUGAUCAGCCACCAUCAUAAAUCACUAUAAGACUGCCUGUUCAUCUGCCUGAUGAGCAGAACGUUGUUUUCUAAGAGGGUAUGGAGAGGGAUGCUGUUGAGUCCGGCGCAAGCAGGCUCACACAUCUUCUUGCACGGUUUCGACUCAAUGAAGAGGAUGAAGAUGCCAGACAAUAUCUCUACACCGACAUUCCAUAUCACUAUGUGUACCAGAACAGCUGAUGGGUAUUGCGACAGCGGGGUGAGGACAAAGUCAUUACAAGAUUGUAUGCGGUCAAUCCAGAGGAAAAGGAGAGAUUCUAUCUGAGAAUGCUCUUGCUCAAUGUGAGAGGUGCAACGUCAUUCGACGACUUAAGAAGUGCCAACAAUGUUGUAUAUGGCACAUUCGAGGAAGCAGCAAGGGCAAGAAAUCUUCUGCAGGAUGACAAUGAAUGGAAGAAUGUGCUGAGCGAAGCUGCAAUGACAGAGACAUCUGACCACAUCAGAAAGCUGCUCGCAUACAUCUGUGUGUUCAACAGACCGCAUGAUGCACUUGGGCUGUUCAACGACUAUGUUAACGAUAUGUGCAAUGACAUCGUUAACAAGAUAUAUGGUGAUGUUACCAACAUGGCUGACAGCGAAGAUCUGACGAACAGAACUAUACUCACAACAAACAACAAUGUUGCAAAGGAAAUCAAUGACAGGGUCCUUGACUUGAUGAUCGGCAACGAAGUGACAUACACGAGUGCAGACUCUAUUGUCACAGAAGACAAUGAUGUUGUUGCGAACUAUCCGCUAGAGUUUCUCAACAAGCAGCAGCCUUCAGGAAUGCCACCGCACAAGUUAGUUCUAAAAAGGGGUGCGUUGAUAAUGCUAUUGCGCAACCUUGAUCCAGCCAAUGGCCUGCUCAAUGGCACACGCCCGGUGGUUGAUGAGCUCCACACAAACUUUAUCAUAGCUACUAUUGUAACCGGAUCCAGGAAAGAUAGCAAGGCAGUCAUACUAAGGAUCGACAUGGCACCGAGCGAGACACAGCUGCCAUUCAUACUCAAGAGAAGACAGUUUCCGGUUCUUGUUUCGUUUGCGAUGACAAUCCACAAGUCACAGGGUCAGUCAUUUGACAAGGUAGGUGUUUAUCUGCACAGCCCAGUCUUUGUGCAUGGUCAGUUGUACGUAGCUUUGUCGAGAGUGCGCUAUGAAAACGGUCUAAGGGUAUAUGUUGCUGGCAAUGGAUGCCAAGGAAAGCGUGAGAAUGAUAAAGUAUACACAAGAAAUGUUGUGCAUACUAAGCCAUUAUAA